CCUUUCUCGCUCCCCGGCCAUCUUGGCGUCUGAUCUUGGUUGGGGCUUGUCCCGCACCUAAGGCAAGAGGAUGGUGGCUGCAAAGAAGACGAAAAAGUCUCUGGAGUCAAUCAACUCUAGGCUCCAACUUGUUAUGAAAAGUGGAAAGUACGUGCUGGGGUACAAACAGACUCUGAAGAUGAUCAGACAAGGCAAAGCGAAAUUGGUUAUCCUCGCCAACAACUGUCCAGCUUUGAGGAAAUCUGAAAUAGAAUACUAUGCCAUGUUGGCUAAAACUGGUGUCCAUCACUACAGUGGCAAUAACAUUGAAUUGGGCACAGCGUGUGGAAAAUACUACAGAGUAUGCACACUGGCUAUCAUUGACCCAGGUGAUUCCGAUAUUAUUAGAAGCAUGCCAGAACAGACUGGUGAGAAGUAAACAAGAAAGUUCUCCUUUAAUAAAACUUUGCCAGAGCUCCUUUUAAAAAAAAAAAAAAAAAAAA